UCGCGCGCGCUCUCCCCAUGCGCGACCGCGCGCGCGAGAUUCGCCUCGUCACCCUCGGUCUGUCGCCCCGGGACACGCACGCGAGAUGCGUCGACCUCGCGCGCGAGCUCGACGACGCGGUGCGCGACGUGACGGCGCGCAUCGACGCCCGCGCGACCGCACACGCGAAUGCGCUCGCGACGCUUCGACGACGCAUCGAACACCUGCGCGCGCGCGUGCGCGACGUCGGGUCGAGCUCGAGCGCGCGGACGGUGAUGCACGCGGCGCGGUACCCGAUGGGCGCGCGAAACGGAGACGUGGAACGGAUGUUCGGGACGAGCGCGCCGACGACGGCGGCGAGCGCGGCGGAGGACGAAGGCGACGCGGAACGGAAAAUGAUGGAGGAGUUACUGGCGAUCGAACGACAGACGGUACAUCGAGAGAUGACGGCGGAGAUGUUUUAUGCGAGCGAGACGCGCGAGAGCGCGAGCGGGCGCGCGCGGGUGGUGAGCGGGCGGGACGGAUUGGGGACGUUGCCGGCGAGUUUGGAGAGCUUGAACGAGUGUUUGUUGUUUAAUUCCGACGUGAAUCCGUACGUGGAGUACGCGCUGGUGGAUAAUUUGAUGGACGGUGAGGACGAUGGUGGUCGGGGCGAUGAAGACGGCGAAGACGAGGGAACGCGCGAGGGAGGGGAGUACGAGGACGAUUGGAAAAAUUUGGCCGAGGCGCCAAAGUCGAUGCAAAACGCGUUGUAUGAUUCCAUGCAAGCCACGCAGUUUGGAUUUCGACCGACGAUGGGCGCGAUGCCGUCGCUGGAUUUACCCACAUCGCUGCCUUCGUUACGCUAUGCGGCGGACAUCAGCUGGUCCGGGGCGACGAAGACGGCGGCCCCCAUAGCGCCUUCGUCCACGGCGACGCCGCUACCUGACGUCGUCGUGACGCCCUCGGUGCUGGCGCCGCCGCCACCUUUGCCACCGACGCCGCCACCACCGCCACCACUGCCUCGGGAAAAUUUGCACGCGUCCGCGCCGCCGGCGCAGCUCCCACCGGGCGCGAACGUCGGCGACGGCGGGCGGAGCGCGCUCAUGGACGCGAUUCGCAACAAGGACAACAAAUCGAGGUUGCGCAAACGUGGGUCAGCGGCGCCGAGCGCGGACGCCGCACCGCCGCCACCUCGCGGCGCGCCGAUGGAGCCCGACUUACGAGGCGCGCUCAUGGACGCUAUUCGCGCGAAACCGAUGCUGAAAUCGUCGAGUCGCCCCGAGUUGAGCGACGGCGAUCCGCCCGCCGCGGCGCCGCCCGCGCCGCCGCGACAAAUGUCCAUGAUGGAGGAGUUAGCGAACAGUUUAGGACGACGUCGCUCCGCCAUCGUGGCAUCCGGCGACCACGACGUGCGCGAGAAGGUCAUCGAGACGACGACCCAACGCCCGAGUGGCAUCGUCGGCUUGGGCGAUUUCAUCAAGGCGAAGGAGAGUGCGACGAACUGCGACGAAGACCAAGACGACGACGUGAGCGAUUGGGAUAGCGACUAA